AAGCGUUCUGCGGCAACGGGCGGCAAAGCGGAAAAAUCGGAAAAGCCGAGCGCAACCGAGAUAGAAAAUCCUAAGAAACCUAUAAUGCCCAGGCAUCCCGACAGUUGAAUAUUUCAAAAAGGCCUGUGCAAAAUCAAUUCUCUCAUGAGCCUUUAAUCUGGCCAGCAAUAUUAUACUUAACAAAAAACAAUUAAAGCCAAAAUUAACAAUAAAAUAAUAAAGGAGAAAAAAAAAUUCCGCGAACGAUUAAAACCACAAAAUAAGCACGGAAUUCGAUAGGAGAUAAAACAAUGGGUCUCGGGAUAAUCGUCGACGUGGUGUAUUCCAUCAACUUUGCAUGGCCGCUGCAUUGACAUUAAAAUGCAAUUUACGCCGGGACUCAGUUUCUGUCAAACUGAUGCCUCUUUAACGGAUUAAUAUUUCCGUAAAUAUCAAUCGGCAAGCAACAGCUGCCACAAUCGUCGGACAAGGACAGCCCCAAAAACAUUAAACCAGCCCGAAACCAGACAGCAAAAAAAAAAAAACGAAAAGAGAAAAACUGAAUGAAAACAGGAAAAAAGAGUUGGAAACGAACUGAAAAUACAUCAGCAACAACACAGUCAAACAUGUCGACCAUUAAGCUGCUCAUUAUCGGUCACCUAUGGCUCUCCAUUGGCCUGAUCUCCGGGGACGAUUCGCUGGACACGCGUGAGGGCGUCGAUCUGGUGCUCAAGUGCCGCUUCACCGAGCAUUACGACUCGAGUGACUUCACCUUCUACUGGGCGCGCUGGACCUGCUGUCCCACAUUGUUCGAGAACGUGGCCAUCGGCGAUGUGCAGCUCAAUUCGAAUUAUCGUUUGGACUUUCGGCCGAGUCGUGGUAUUUACGAUCUGCAAAUCAAAAACACCUCCUACAAUCGGGAUAAUGGACGUUUCGAGUGCCGGAUAAAGGCAAAGGGCACCGGGGCGGAUGUCCAUCAGGAGUUCUACAAUCUGACAGUGCUGACGGCUCCCCACCCGCCGAUGGUCACUCCCGGAAACUUGGCGGUGGCCACCGAGGAGAAGCCACUGGAGUUGACAUGCAGCAGUAUCGGUGGCUCCCCAGAUCCUAUGAUAACCUGGUACCGCGAGGGCAGCACCGUGCCACUGCAGUCGUACGCCCUGAAGGGCGGAUCGAAGAACCACUAUACGAAUGCCACCCUGCAGAUUGUGCCCCGACGGGCCGACGAUGGCGCCAAGUACAAGUGCGUUGUCUGGAACCGAGCCAUGCCCGAGGGUCAUACCCUGGAGACCAGUGUCUCUCUGAAUGUCAACUGUAAGUAG